GGCGGAUAUUUGCAUUCUUUGCAGCUUCUUGGAGGGGGAGAGUUUUGCCUGUGGGUAUCUUUUCUAGGGAUGAGAAUGCCUGGGCAACUAUCUAGGUGGACAAAUGACAACUCUUGCAAUAUUGUCCGACUUGAUGACGUCCUGUGAUUUAUCCCUUUUCCCGACGGCGGUCUGGCCGGAUUAUAUUUCCCUUGCCAUUAGGUGGGCUCGUCACCCUCUUCCCUUAUCUACCUUGCCAUUCAAAUCGCCAUACCUCCCUUCCACUUACUUAGCUGUUGUUUUUCUGUAUUUAUAUACAUUGUUGACUCUCUCCAUCCCCUUUUCUCUCCUUCAAACCCUCACAGAGCUUGAUUGAUCAGUUCAGUUGUUGUUCUCAUCAUGGUCGCUUCGGGACUUACUAGACUGUAGUAUAGUAUAUAGUACUAGGUAUAGAGACGUCAUUCACUUCCAAUGCUCAAUCGCAU